AUGCUCGGCCUCACGCCCCUGGCCUGGCUGCUGGCCGGCCUGGCCCUGCUGGCCGCCGCGGCCACCACGCGCGCCGCCCUGCUGCCCACCCCGGCCAGCCUGGAAUACCACCUGCUGCGCAUCUUCCCCGAAGUCCUCUACCAGGACGUCUCCCUCCGGCGGAACAUCCACUUCUGCGACUUCUUCAACCAGGACACUCUGUCGCUCGGGGCGCCGGACGGCCUGGACGACUUGUCCUUCUACGAUUCGUACUACGUCCUGCGCAUGGCGCCGGACGACCGGGCCCCGGGGGAUGCCGCCCCCCCGGGCACCCGGCGCCCGGUGCACUUUGCCCAAGACCACAACAACAUCCCGGUCUGCAUCUCGAAGCUGGCCUUCCCCCUGGCGCCCAUGGCCUACUUCGACACUGUGUACAGCCCGGUCACCGGCCCCAUCCAGGAGGUCUUCUACUCCCUCAGCAGACAUUACACACACUAUUCGAAUGGGCACUUCGCCGUUAUGAGGGCAAUGUUCCCCCUGCUGCCGCCGGUCCCGGUCGCCACCUUUCCCAUGGGCCCAGACCAGCCCUUUACCAGCCUGCUGAGCAUCCACCUGACGACAUCCACCACGCUCAAGGUCAGCCUGCUGAACGGUGGGGAAACGAUGCCUCGGGAGACGUCUUGGCAGCUCGGGGACCUGUUGAAUAUCUCCAGCCUGGCCUCCGCGGACCUGGACAAUGACGGCCUGCCGGAGGCCCUGGUCGUCAGCAACAACUGCCGUGAAUGCACCGGCCCGAAUUUUCAUCACUGCACCGCCUGCCGACCGGGCUACUCCAUUUUGUAUGGCAAUUGCGUGGUAUACGAUCUCCCUCAGCCGAACAUUUGGCCGGGGCCCGGGUACGGCAUACCGAUUUUCUACUACCAAGCCUCGGAGAUGGCCACUUUCGACGGUCUCAGCCAGGUGACCCUGGCCAGCUUCUCCUCGACCUUCGACAAGCCCUUCCUCCUCAAUGACCUGCGAGCCUUUCAGCACCUUCGCCGGGUGGACUUCUCCCCGGCCACUGGCCACCACAUCGAGGGGCUCUUCAUCCGAAAUGACCAGCAUCGCUUCGUCCGGGCCCUGCCGGUCCCCGGGUCCGGACACUUCACCCUGCAGGCGGCCUCGGCCAGCUACGCCAUGGAAUUCGUCUUCCGCCGGCUGGACCAGUCGCUGGCCCUGUCCGUGGACAACAUGAGUGCGCAACUGCCCAUGGGCAGCCACCAAGCCGGCACCCCCUCCGGCACCGGUCUCAACUUCGACCUCUUUCUGAAAUACUACUACAUGCAGUCGUCUGUGGGCUUCGCCCGCCCGACCUUCGAUGGCAUGCUCGCCCUGCCGGCUGCCUUGUCCUCCAAUCAGCCGCUGGUCCCGGCCAACAUGUACCUGGCCUUCGGGGUCUGGCAUCCGGUGGACAAUCGCCGGGGCCAGGACCGCUGGCUGGUGGCCGCCAAGAGCACCUUCGACAGCCUCACCUGCUCGUACCACUGGACUGGCAUCGUGCCCGGCGGCCUCGAGUUCAGCUACCUCCUGCCGGACUUCCUGCCGGUGGACCUGCCGCCCGGGCUGACCAUGCCCUGCGCCCAGCCGCACUCCCUGCCGCAGGACCCGGCCGGCUGCGUGUCCAGCUGCCCGGACGGCACCGGGCCCAACCUGGCGGCCGGCCGGUGCGACCCCUGCGGCAAUGGGACCUGCCUCCGGUGCGAGACGUCGGCCCCCGGUGCCCACUGCACGGCCUGCCCCCCGGGGGAGACCUACGAAAGGGACUCGCGCACGUGCAGCCCGUGCAGGGACCACUGCCUGGAAUGCAUGAGCCUAGACAGCGGCGCCUGCCUGGUGUGCGAGCCCGGCUACCACCUGCACCAUGGCGACUGCCUGGCCGCCUGCCCGGAUGGCUUGUAUGCGCACAGCAUCCCGGCCGGGUCGCAGCCCGGCGGCCGGCCGGCCACGACCACCUGCCAGCCCUGCCACCCGAUGUGCGCCACGUGCACCGGGCCCAAGGCCAGCCAGUGCACCAGGUGCUUCGAUUACUCGGCCACCCUGACCCCCGGGGCCGAGCCGGCCUCCUGCGUCAACCCGGCCCUCGGGGCCGGCGCCUGCAGACCCCAGGCGCCGGGCUGCCAAAUGUGCCACACCGUCUUUUCGUGGUAUUGUCUGACCUGCCAGCCGGGCUUCCUCCUGACCUCAAACUGGAAGUGCCUCCCGCCGGACCAGUGUCCGCCCGGGACCUUCGCCAACCCGGACGCCGGCACGUGCUCCGCCUGCUCCAUGAACUGCUCUUCCUGCACGGCCGAGGCCCCGCACGUGUGCCUUGAGUGCGCUCCUACCGCCUCGGUCCACCUGGCUGGUGGGCUGUGCAUCGCCAGCUGCCCGGAGGACGGGCACUUCCAAUGGUCCAAUAAUGGCAGCCCCAUGUGCUCGGCCUGCUCCGAGGGGUGCAAGCUGUGCACGUCCGCCGACUGGUGCGACCUCUGCCAGGCCGGCUACAUCCCGUACCAGGGGGCCUGCCUGCCGGAGGGCGCCUGCCCGGCCGGGACCUUCGCCAAUGUCGGCACCUGCCGGGCAUGUAGCGACGCAUGCGCCACCUGCUUCGGCCCGGGGGCCGCCCACUGCACCGGCUGCCCGGCCGGCCGGGUCCUGUCCCUGGGCCACUACCCCGAGGCCGGCGGGUCGUCUUGCGCGCCCUGCCACCCUGGCUGCGAUGCCUGCACCGGGCCCGGUGAGGGCGACUGCUCCACCCCGUUGCCGGGUGACGGCAGCAGCAGCGGCGGCAGCGGUGGCAGCGGCGGCAGCGGCGGUAGCGGCGGUAGCAGCGGUAGCAGCAGCGGCAGCAGCGGCAGCAGCGGUAGCGGCGAUAGCAGCGGUAGCAGCAGCGGCAGCAGCGGCAGCAGCGGUAGCGGCGAUAGCAGCAGCGGCAGCAGCGGCAGCAGUGGCAACAGCAGCAGUCACAGCAGUGGCAGCAGCGGCAGCAGUGGCAACAGCAGCAGCAGUCACAGCAGUGGCAACAGCGGCAGCAGUAGUGGCAACAGCAGCAGUCACAGCAGUGGCAGCAGCGGCAGCAGUGGCAACAGCAGCAGCAGUCACAGCAGUGGCAACAGCGGCAGCAGUGGCAGCAGUGGCAGCAACAGCGGCAGCAGCGGCAGCAGCGGCAGUCACAGCAAUGGCAGCAGCGGCAGCAGCGGCAGCAGUGGCAGCAGUGGCAGUCACAGCAAUGGCAGCAGCGGCAGCAGUGGCAACAGCGGCAGCAGCGGCAGCAGCGGCAGCAAGCCCUCCUCCGGCCGGAACAAGACCGCCCUGGCCAUCGGCCUCGGGGUGGGCCUGUCCCUGUUGGUCAUCAUCGUCGUGGCCGCGGUGGCGGUGCUGUUCCUGCGGAAGGCCGCCUCCGGCCGCGGCGCUGACAAGCCCGCCAUCGGCUUCGACUCCGUGGAGAUGGACAUCAUCGACGCCUGA